AAAAAAAACUUAUUCAAACGUGUUGGUGGUGCCGUUGAAGUGAGGAAAAUAGGUGAAGGGCGAAUCAUUCACUUCUCAAUUCUCAUCUGCUGUCGUCCAUUCUGAGUCAGAUCGGGAAAACACACGCAUUAGGAGUUGAAAUCAUUAGAACCUCGUUCAAAUCGAGACAGGCGCACGUGCCCUCACUCGCCGGAAACACAGGUUCGUCGGAACUCAGUUGGUGAACUUCAAAUAGACCCUUUCUUCUCUUCCUCCCAACGCAGAAUUUGAAAAUGUCGAUGACAAGUGAAUCGAGUUGGGUUGGGAGGAAGCCAGUGAAACGCAUCGGGGGAAUGUCGGAUGCUCUAUCAAUUGCAGCCGAUCUUGGUUUCUCCAUGUCCCCUCCCUCAUCCCAGGAAGGACAUCAGAAUUCAUCUCCCACAACUGGGGAAAAGGGUGAGGACUUGAUAAGGGUUUUGAGAGAACUGACUACUGUCCAAAGAAAAAUUGCAGAUUUGCAAGUCGAACUUCAAGGUCGAAAGGAUGACAAAAAUGUUGCACAUUUGACUCAUGUGAGUGAAAUGGAAAAGAAGAUUGAGACAUUGGCAAGGAUUACAACUAUUCUUAAAGAUGUUAUUCAAAACAAGGAUCGCAUUAUAGCUCGCCUGCAGCAGCCAUAUUCCCUUGAUUGCAUUCCUGUUGAAGCAGAAUAUCAGAAACAAUUCUCUGAACUACUGAUGAAGGCAGCUAGCGAUUAUGGUGCCUUGACAGCAUCAGUUGCAGAUUUUCAGUGGAGUCAGAAUUUCAAGGAACCUCCUUCAGUUUGGGGGGAAAUGCUUCGACCCAUUCCUGUAGCUUUGGCAUCUUGCACUCGGUUCUUUGAGGCCAUGUCUGCCACAAGAGAAUCAUUUGCAACACUUCAAAAACUGAGAGUUGGCCAUUUUGAUUCCCCUCUACCUAGGACACCAGCCGGAGAUCCUUCCCAAAGAGUACCGGGAGUUUCUGAUUGUCUAACACCACCUCCAUGGAAAACUGAAGCAAACUUUGAUGACUUAGGCAUCAGAAACCAAAGGAGGCAACAUCCAGAUCAACAGGUGGAGGAUGUAAACAGCUAGGUAAAUGAGAUCCCUCAGAAUAUUUGUACAAGCCUAAGGAUCUUGUCUUGCCUGCCUUCAGUUAAAGAAGAGCGUUACAUAGAUAUCUAACAUACUCUGUGUAUCUUGUGUGAUAUAUCAUACUUCUAUUGUUUAUGCAAAUCGAUUAUUCGUCGCUGUUGUUU